GGACCCUUCUCCCCGUACUAUGCUUGGUUCCUGGUCCGAGAUGAAAGGUUACCAGAGAACACUCGCCCCAUCUUUCUGUCAGCAUCUUUCGUGCAUACAUGCCGUCUUGCUUGGGUGAAAACCGCGCACCUACUAAUCAGAUGACAGUGCAUUUGAGCCCCACAACGCAACUCGCCUGUUGUGCCGGUCGAAGAGGUUAAAGACAGGUUUCCACUGCCUCUCGGUGUGAGCGUGCAUUUCGCAACGCAGUUCAAGGCACCAAGAGAAAUCACCGGCAGACAAGAGGCCGGCGCACCUGAUGCGCCUCAAACCACCGCCUUCAUGACUGAAUCAUACGAUCCAGAUGUUCCCGGUUCCCCCGGGCUGAAGAAAACCCAGGUUGAUUACUCACUCAAGGACUCGCCUCCGCCAUUUGGGGAACCGCAUGAGGGAGACGUUGCUAAAUCUGCUGUAGACGAUGAGGCACCGUUUUCGGGCAGUUCCCGUAAGCGCCUGCCGGAACCUUCCAAGCCCAGAAUAAUCGAAGGCAACUCGGUGCUGAUCAGACAUCUAGAGCCUAAUCGACCUGAUAUAGCCAAUUUCGAAUACCAGCAUGACUUCCCUCUAGAGGCGGUGGCAGAUGAUUACCUGGAAAAGCCCACCAAAUUAAGAUUCAAGCCGGACAAUGCUCUGCUGCCGGAUCCAUGCAAGCCCACGGACACAGACAGCUUGAGAGCUGCAGCCACAGCCAGAAAAGCGCUUGACCUGGUUCCUCUAGAGUGCAGGGAAGACUCCAGGGAUAACGUUCAGCUCGAAUUGACGCCAAAACAACCCAUCCAUUCCCCGGAGCAGCCGUCUCCUGAACAGGAGCAUCAGCAUACGCCCUCUAAUAUCUCAUCAUUACUAUCAGAUGAUCCUCCACGGCAGGAAACAGUGUCUGAUCCCGAAUCACGCCUGAGCAAAUUACUGCUCGUUCCUCCUUCAACAUCUCCAGGCCAAGUCCUCCCAGCGCUUCACUCGCCUUCAACGGGAAAUACCCUGGAUCAUAGCCUACCUUCCCUUCAGACAGCGUUAGCUGCAGUGACGGAUGUACCGCCAAAUGCUGCCAUGCGCAUCAAUGGCUCAUCGUACAGCUUGCCUCCAGUGCAAGCCUCGUCGCCUGUAUCGAGGACAGAUUCUCUCUGGGAUCACCAGCGCAUGGGGCAAUUUGGCCCUCCCCCUCAGGUUCCGCCCAGCCCAUAUUCACAUUUGUCUCCCGCGAGCUCAAAGGAAAUGUCGACCAUGCCUUCUCCUGCGUCACAAUCGCCCUACUGGAGGCUCAAGCAAGAAAUACCUUACCUGAGUUCCCCAUAUGAGGUGGCGGCUUCCACCGUCAAGAGCCCAGCGACAAGCUAUCCGACUCCGACAGAUCAGACACCCUCAGGAACAUGCGACCGUUCUUUCCACCAUUCCGCGCAGACUAAUGGACCCAUACCAGCCGGGACCUAUAAAUGUCGUCAUCUUGGGUGCACUGCACCUCCGUUCCAGACACAAUAUCUACUCAAUUCACAUGCCAACGUCCACUCACAAGACCGUCCGCACUUUUGUCCUAUAGACGGCUGCCCUCGUGGCCCAGGGGGGAAGGGCUUCAAACGAAAGAAUGAGAUGAUUCGUCAUGGUCUCGUUCACAAUUCUCCCGGAUACGUCUGCCCUUUCUGUCCGGAUCAACAGCAUAAGUAUCCUCGACCCGACAAUCUUCAACGACAUGUCCGAGUCCACCAUGUCGAUAAAAACAAAGACGACCCGGCGCUCAGGCAGGUCCUGGCUCAGAGACCAGAAGGUAGCAACCGCGGUCGCCGCCGCCGCACGAAUGCUCAAUGAGCGACCUCUCCACGAUCGUCCCCCAUGAGUGCAGAUUUAUUAUUCAUAUGAUAUUGCAUUAGCGACAGCGCUCGUGUUUCCUUAGUCUUUUAGGAAGUGGCUUUCUCGAACAUGACAGCUGUACUGGACCAUCAUGCCG